AUGGCUGCGCGCAUAGGGAUGGUGAAACAGCUCCACUGUGCGCUUUUAAAAAACAAAAUAAGUGCUUUAUCUGCGGGAAUAAGACGUUGCUCGGCCUUGUCCAACUCAGAAUCGCAUAAAGAAUUCACAUCUAAAAGAGUACGGCGGAAGUUUAUCGAGUUUUUCAAGGAAGGCUACGAACACCGGUUUGUGCCGUCCUCCGCCGUGCGUCCGAGAGGAGACGCGACUCUUCUGUUCGUCAAUGCAGGGAUGAACCAGUUUAAGCCUAUUCUCCUGGGCUGUCCGGACCCCCGCAGUGAGAUGGUGUCGUACCGGCGGGUGGUGAACAGUCAGAAGUGUGUCCGCGCUGGAGGCAAACACAACGACCUGGAGGAUGUGGGCAAAGACGUGUACCAUCACACCUUCUUCGAGAUGCUGGGGAACUGGUCUUUUGGUGAUUACUUUAAGGUGGCCUGUGCAAUGGCUUGGAGUCUUUUAACGGAAGAGUACGGCAUUCCUGCGGAUCGCUUGUACGUCUCGUACUUCUCUGGAGAUGCUGUGAAUGGACUCCCUGCUGAUGAGGUUACACGGCAGAUCUGGCUUAGUAUGGGGUAAUGCGGGCUGGAUCACGUGUUGCCAUUCGGAAUGAAGGAUAACUUCUGGGAAAUGGGCGAGACGGGUCCAUGUGGCCCCUGCACGGAGAUUCACUACGAUCACAUUGGGAAUCGUAACGCCGCCUCGCUGGUCAACGCAGACUGUCCGGAUGUGGUGGAAAUCUGGAAUCUAGUAUUUAUGCAGUAUAACAGAGAGGUCAAUGGUAGCCUGCGGACCCUGCCCCAGUGCAGUGUGGAUACUGGGAUGGGUUUAGAGCGACUGGUGACCGUACUGCAGGGGAAACGCUCCAACUAUGACACAGAUCUUUUUACGCCUCUAUUGUCCGCCAUCCACCAGUGCUCUAAGGCUCCUGCGUAUCAGGGCAGGACUGGAGAGGCUGAUGUGGGUCAGGUAGACAUGGCCUAUCGGGUCGUGGCCGACCACAUUGCACACGUCUGUGUGGGCAUCGCUGACGGAGUUUACCAGGCAAGACAGGCGCUGAGUGAGCUGGUGUUGAGGCGUAUCUUGAGACGUGCGGUAAGGUUUUCUACAGAAGUGCUGCAGGCCCCUGAGGGUGCGCUGGCAAGCCUGGUGCCUACUGUAGCUCAUAUACUGGGAGAAGCCUAUCCUGAGCUGCACAUAGAGUCUGAGAGGAUCAUAGAUCUCAUUAAUCAGAAUGAAGUCCAGUUCCUGUCUUCACUGAAGAUCUAGGGCAGAAGGGUGUCUGAAGACAGGACCCUCUGCCAUAUAGGACAAAGGACAAAGACCUCUCUACUCCCUCGGUGUUGCCUUCUUCCAUUACAUCGUAACCUGGGCUUCCCUCUCGAUCUCAUUGACCUGAUGCUGGAGGAGAAGGGAUAAGAUGUUGAUUUAAAAAAGAUCCCCCCCCUCCCUCCCGAUAUGACAGUGCUUGAAAUGAAAUAUGAGAAGUCAGUCGAGGAGGAUAAUGGAAACAGGGUGGACCAGCUGGAUAUUCAUAGCCUGGCGGAGCUACAAAGUCACAGGAGUCCUAUACGGACGGACUCCCAGAAAUACUGUUACAUAGCGUCACGUGGAUCUGAUGGACAUAUGGUGUUUCAGCCUUGCAGAGCGUCAGUCCUGGCACUCUACUGUGACGGGUCUCUGGUUUCAGAGGUGAGUGAGGGUCAGCGCUGUGGUGUGAUUCUGGACAGGACCAGCUUCUACGCAGAGCAGGGUGGACAGGCGCAUGAUCAGGGUUUCUUCACCAAGGAUGGACUGCAGGAUGUCCUGUUCCCUGUAAAGUCUGUCCGUCUGGCUGGGGGUUAUGUGGUUCAUCAAGUCACGGCAGCAGAGACUUUGAGAACUGGAGACCAAGUGCAACUUCAUUUAGAUGAGGCUAGCCGCCUGGGCUGCAUGGUGAAGCACACCACCACACACUUGCUAAACUUCGCUCUGCGAGAGUUGCUAGGUCCUUCUGUUAACCAGCGAGGGUCUCACUGCACCGCCAGCCGGCUCCGCUUCGACUUUAGCGUCAAGGGCUCCCUGAGUGUGUGUCUGAGCUACAGCAAGGUUGAGGAGCUAGUCCAGCAUGUCAUUCGUCAAAAUGCAGAGGUGCACGUAGAGGAGGUCCCUCUGUCCAAAGCUAAACAGAUUACGGGUCUGAGAACAAUAGAUGAGGUGUAUCCAGACCCAGUGCGAGUGGUGUCUGUGGCUGUGCCGGUUUCGGAUCUGCUUAACUCAAACACCACCGAACAAGCUUCAGUGGAGCUUUGCUGUGGCACGCAUUUAUUGAGGACGGGAGCAAUUAGGGACUUUGUCAUUGUGUCUGAGCGACAGAUGGUGAACGGCAUUAGCCGUAUCCUUGCCGUUACUGGAGAUGAAGCCAAAAAGGCUCGUGAGACGGGCCAAGCGCUGCAAGAGGAGUUGGAGUCUUUGGCGGUCCAGGUAGGAGCUGCAAGCUCUCUGUCUAUACCAGCAGCACAGAUGCUCUCCAAAGAGGUUGGCCUCCUAAUGAAUGCAGUUGAAAUCACACCUAUCCCACAAUGGCAGAGGCGAGAGUUGCAGACUCGCCUAAAAGCAAUGCAAAAGACCAGCAACACUACCAUCAGAAAAUUGGAGAUUAAAGAGGCUGCCUUCAAAGCCAAAGAGCUGUUGGUCAAACACUCUAAUAAACGCGUGGUGGUGGACUUGAUCCAGACGGAAUCUAUAUCGGUGCUGAUGAAGACUGUGCUUCAGCUGAGCAAGAGCACUCCAGAUUCCAUGGUCAUGUUGUUGUCUCACCUGCAGUUGUCAGGGAAGGUGCUUUGUGCCUGCCAAGUACCCAAGGGCUCUGCUAGUGGCUCAGCCAUUAAAUGGGCUCAUUCUGUGUGUGCACGCUUGGGAGGAAAUGCAGAUGGCUCAACCGACGUGGCUAAAGGUGUGGGAAAUGCAGCCAGUCUCACAGAUAUCACAGACAUCUUGCACUGGGCUGAAGAAUUUGCUCAAAACAAGAUCCGAAAGGCAUCCUGAACAAACUGAUAUACCACAAUGGAUCUGCUUCAUCAAAAUGGUUAAAUCUAUCAAAAAUAUAGUUCCUGUUCCUUUGUUUUAAAAGGUUGGGACAUAUAGUAUUAUAUUUUUGAUUGUGAAAUUUUGGGAGGUGGGGUUAUUUAGAUAUUAAUCACUGCUAUUAAGUUAUUUAUUGCUCUGUUUUGGGUACACUUUGUAAUAGUAGGUUUGGUUCAAGAAAAUGUUAUUAAAAUCAAGAAAUGGCA